AUGGAAGGGAAAAGGUCAUUCAUAAGCACUCUUAGUAAUCGUGUGUGUUUCUCUGUCCUGCAGAGUAACGGGGACCUGAAGCGUAAGUGGACGUGGGCAGUGGAGUGGCUGGGUGACGAGCUGGAGAGGAGGCCCUACACAGGGAACCCCCAGUACACCUACAACAACUGGUCUCCCCCAGUCCAGAGCAACGAGACCUCCAACGGAUACUUCCUGGAGCGCUCGCACUCUGCACGCAUGACCCUGGCCAAGGCCUGCGAACUCUGCCCUGAGGAGGUAACACUCACACCAAAUGAUGCGCGAGCACACACACACUAUACGACACACACAUACAACACAAAGGUAAUACAGUAGUAUCUAACACGGAUGCAUGGCCAAAAUGGUAGUAGUUGAAGUAGAGAGGUCAGUAUUGAAAGUCCCCCCCAAAAAAGUGGUGUCUUUUUGGAAGGAUUCACCAUUCUGACCUUGUUGGUUUUGACCUACAGAGUUAAAAUGAUGUAAUGUGGAGACGAGGAGCUUGCAUGUUGUAAUAAUAGUGUUCAUGAAUUUGUAAAACAGAGCAGUGUUGAUUAUGUGGAACUUCAUUAUGCAGCAAUACAUAAACUAUACUAUUUUCUUUGUCAUGUGAUGUAUGGUUAACAUGUUAAUGCUAACCAUCUGUUUUUCACUCUUCUCUUGUCUCAGGUUUUUUUCAAGUGUUAGGCGUUGUACAAUCAAAUAUACUUGAACUUAAUAUUUUUUAAGCUCCAGUUGAGAGUUCCAAGUUAGCGCUAAGGUUAUUUUGGAUUAGAAAGCUGUUACCUGCUGGAAUAUGAUUUCUUAAGUAUUUUUGUAAUCUUCAGAAUUUAUGCGUGUUUUUACUAUAGGUAGGUAGGGCUUUGAGUUUUCGACAAAUGUUAUUUCCAGUUUAUACGCCCAUAGUGUAUACAAAUGUAAGCUAACAUGUUGAUAAGUAUUAUAAUACUUUUUUCUAUAAUUUCCCUUAUUUGUGUUACAAAGUUGUAUUUGCCUAACUUAUCCUUAUUAUAAAUAGCAAUAUGAUAGAAAUAAAAUGACAUGCUACUUGAAAACUUUUUUUUUAAACUAAGAAAUCCACCUGAAUGCAUCGUUUAUUGACACUUGUGUAUAUAUAAUGCAGUGAUAUCAAUUAUGCCAUUUCAAACUAGUGUCACUUAACGAAGCACGGUGAGGCGGUGUCUGAAGAAGAUGCUGCCAUGCGGAAAUCGUCCUCGCCACAGCAGCUUUUGCCAGGGGAAGGGACAGGACAGCAGCACACUGUAAGCCCUCAUAUAUACCCCCUCCCCCUCCCCCCCAGCCACAGGCACCCUCCUCCUCCACUCUGUCUUCUCACUAGGUGUUCCAUACAGGGCUAUGUUAGUAGUGUCUGUCCACGAGCAGAGUAGCCUGGGCAGUAGUAACAAUACAGACACAGUCAAACGGUGAGCAAACAUUUCCUCUUUCCAGUCCGGUAGCAGUGUCCCAUUGGUUACCUAAAGCAGCACUGACUUCCUGGCUUCCCUUUGGUUUAAUUGGUUCUCCAUCUCAACGUAACACUGUUUAUCCAAUCAAAGCUGUUUGUUCCUCCUCCCCAAAGAAAAGUCAACCUGCGGUGUGGCCGGCCAUAUGACACAACUGAUGGAAGACUCUUAGCCUUGGCUAUAGUGGAUGAUGAGGUGCUAGCCUUGUGUUGAUGACGUGUAGUGUACUUACUGUGUGUUCAAGUGAUGUUUUUGUGUUGAGACUAGGUCUACAUAGGGGCAACCUGUGGUUUGUGCGUCAGCCAUGUAAUUGCAUGUGUUAAUAUAUGGCUAAUCAACAGGACUCAUUGAACAGUUCACGUCUUAUUGUUGAUUGUUUUAAUCGGAAACUUUGCCUUGCAUACAGUUAGAAUUGUAACCCAUAUAUAUGCGUGUCCAAUUUUAGAAUAAAUCUGGACAGAUGGAACCACUAGUUUAGAAAAAGUUGGUAUUUGGACCACAAGUUUAAUUGAUGAUAGGCAGCACCUACUUCACCCACAGGUUAUUGUAGGAUUACGAUAGGGGCCUGUAGCAGUAUUGAGUGCAUGUUUUCAGACACAUUUACAGUACAAUACGUUUGUGUUAUAUCAUGAAUCUACCUCUACCCCACUUAGACUAACACACAAGCUGUUCUCCAUCCCUGGUUUGUCUGGUCACACGUUGCAAUGUGUUCAGCUGUAUGUUGUAGUGUGUCAGUCUGUCUUUAUAAGCAGACCGAAUCAUGAUACACAGACACAGGGCCAGUUGAUCUGAUUGAUCCAAGCACAAAGAUGCUAGUCUAAAGAUAACGCUGGCCUAACCGCCAAAGAACUAUCAUGGAUAGAACAAACUGAAAGCAGUGUGUAUAAAUCCUUCAGUUUUUCUCGGAUCCAGUGCAUUUGCAUCUAGUAUUAGACCCAGCAAAUUAGCCCAUAAACAUUAUAAGAACAGCUCUGGCCCCAGAACCUUAGAUGUUAUAUGGAAACAUGAGCUCAUUAAAAGCAUGUCUCCCACCACACUGUGGAGAAGCUCGCUUGCGGAGAAUAACACCCACUCACAUAACGAAGUCUCUUUUCUAUUUAUACCUCCAUCAGUUGAUAUUAGAACAUCCAAGGCUGUCACACUCUCCUACACAGCGUGUGCGUCUCUUUCAUCUCAUUCAGUUAAAAUAGGCUUAAGUAGGACAACGUUCCGAUCCAGUGCAAAGGCAUAUUAAGAGACUCUUUGGUCUGCUAUUGGGUCCAUAGACUUGAGCUGUGUGAAUGUUGUUGUUAGGUAGAAAAAUGCUUUGGGAAUACAACUAUUCUUUGACUUCAUUUCCCAGGAGCCCGAUGACCAGGAAGCCCCUGAAGAUCAGGACACCUCCCCUCCAGACGACAUCUCCCUCUACCCUCAUUCGUCUCCGGGGACUACAACACAGUUUCAGCAGGUACACACCCACACACUAUACUGUAGAAGCAGCAUGAUCUUUUGACUUUUUUGGAUCCAUGUAAACAGAGGCUUCUAAACAAAUGAAGAACCAAUGGCAGAUAUUUUGUGUCAAGUUCCACCGUACAUCAGUAGUUUCACUAAAAACGGAUCGUUUUCUCAUUCCCCAGCAGAACAACCACCCCCACGGGCAGCCGUACACAGGCCCAGCUGCCCAGCACAUGAACAACCCCCAGCGCCCCAGCCCUGUCCCUUCCUCUAACCCUGCCUCAGUCCCAGGCCCUGCCCCCGGCACAGGGCCACAAGCACAAGACAACUGGGAGAGCACUGAGGAGGUCCCUUCCACCUCCACCACCUCCUCGGCCCCUGCUCCGCCUAAAGAGUAA